CUUGGCAAAAAAUGUCAAACAUAAUUUCCGGCGAACUUCAGUUUUGUAACGAUACCGUGUGGUCCUUACAUCGUUCACCUGCAGGACCUCCAUUAGAUGGAAACCUCAAUAUCAGCAUAAGUUUCCAGUCUUUACUUGGAGUUUGCAGUGAUAUAAAAGAAUCAAAACUAGAAUCAGAAAUCGAGGGUAAGUAUAGCACACCUAUGGUGUUAAUUGGGAUAUACAUCUCAACAGCAUCCUUAUUUUGCAUUCUAGCCAUGGCCCUCGAUUUGUUGUAUGGUUUCCGAAAGAGAAAAUUUUGGUUUCCAAGUAAAUAUUUUUCUCUCAAUGCGGCUUCUAUCACGGUGAUAGCUGUGACUAUGAAACUGCCUGUGGAUUUGACAAGUCCAAUGCCAGGUCAGAUAGACCAAGUUGUCAAGCUUGGAUGCUUGGCCUUUAUGUGCACAAUGAUGUCUAACUUCAUGCCUUCCUUGGGGUCUAUGGACAACAAGUCACUUGUGGCAAAUGUUACAGGUUUAUCCAUUUUCGUUAUCACGAUGAUUGCAAAUACUGUCAUUCAAAUUAGGACUCAUGCAGUUGAUCCUCAUUAUUUUGUAAUUUUACCUUUGUUUAUAUCGUCUUUCAAAGUAAUAUCAUACAUCUCAAUGUGUAUGUUACUCUUUUUACUAAUAAUUCUAAUAUCUUCUGCUAUAACAAUUCCACCCUCAAAGAAAAUUUUAGAAUUCAAGUAUCAAGACGCUAGAAAAAUAAAUUUGAAUGAUCAACAUCCACAAGAAAACCAAAAUUCUACUGUUGAGGAGCUAAGACGACUUGUGAAAAGGUACUGGGUCAUGGCAGAAACUGGUAGCCCUCAAUUUGUGGUAGCUAGUAAUCCAUUAUCAUCUGCAUCCGGCAUAAUUUGUGCAUGUAGUAUGUGCAUGUACAUAUUUAUGGUGUGCCAACUUGUUUGGUGGCAAUACAGAUCUGCGUCGAGCCCUUAUUAUAAUCCCUCCCAAUAUCCAUUAUACAGAUCCGUGUAUAGCUGGUCAAUGUUUGUCAUUGGCAUUACACAGUUCAUUGGGACUAUAGUGGGUUCCGUUGGCCCAAUAUUUCGAUGUUUUACGGUCUUGAGCUUCAAAUCGUUUGCUAAUCAGAAUAGAAAACAUUUUUUGGUGUUUAAAGUGGAGAAGCAUUGGACACAAAAGUUGUAUGAGUGGAAAGAAUGUCAUGUAAGCUUUUUGUCGGGUAGUCGUAGAGCAAGAGUUCUUCUUCAUAAUUCAAAAAACCACAUUUUACAUUUUUGCAUUGGAUUCCAGAAGGUAAUUGUUGUAUCAUGCAAAAUAAUCGGGCUCAUUCCCAUUGUGGUUAUAAUCUUUAUCAUAUAUGGUUCAUACUAUUUAAAGUCGGUGAAGGCAAAGCUGUUUACCCCACCCCCCAUGGCUUCAAGUAGUGACCAGACGGAUGAAGACCUUAGCAAUUAUGUUUUGUUACUCGAAGAUAAUGUGCGGCUAGCUGAAAAAACUAUGAAAGGAAUUUCAGAUUCCAUGAAUCGCUUGAUUCAGAAAGCUGAGAAGAAACAACAUAACAAUCUUCUGAAGCUUCUUGAAGAAUCUGUUGCAUUUGAUGGAGUAGUGAAGUUUGACACCGAUCAAAUUCCAUCUUUGCUUUCUGUUGAACAAGUUAACACUUGGAGCUUACCAAUAAUAAGCUUAACAUGUAUCGCCAUUGUUAUCCCAGAUAUUCACAAAGACAGAGUUGAUAACUUGUUCAAAAGUGUCAGGGAAGGUCUUUUGUACACUCAUCUAGUAGAGGAAAGCCUAAAUAGGGAAUCUAUGUAUGUGAAUAUUCGAAGGGAAUCUGUGACAUUGUGGCAUGAGGUCGAAGACAGAUGCAAGUGGUUGGGGACAACAUUGGAAAGAAGUGCUUACGUUGGAAAAACGACAGCAAAAAUUAUUAAGUUGUUUGCUCAUAAAGCGGAAGGAAUUGUGAAUGAGUUUAACACAAGUACCAACGGAGAACACAUGGAGGAGGGCCUUCCUCCAAAGGUAAUCGUUGCCAACUCAAUGUAUCGAAUUGCACAAACAAUCAUUCACACGUACCAAAGCAACAACUUAGAGAUUAAUGAAGAUGAGUUGUUUACACGACUAUUAGGCAUGAUUGCAGACAUAUUUUAUGCUUGCCUCACCAACAUACCACGAGUAGUAACAAUGAGAUGCCAAGAAAGUGCGAUAGAAAAACGAGAGGAUAGUGUUUUGGCUGCAAUCGACCUUCUUGGACGGACCACUGAGAUAAUAAAAAGACUUGAAACACGCGAUCUACCAAAUAUGGAUCCUGAUAAGAUGGGGUUUAUCGAUGAGUGGCGUCUUCAUUUAAAGCAACCUUAAAUUCAUGGUCAUUUAUAUGGAGUGUGGUCUUCAUAUGGAGUCAAGAGAAUUUAAAGAGAAUUUAGGUCAAGAAGUGCUUCAUGGACAAUCUCAGACAUUUGAACUCCAAGCAUAAUGAUCCAAAAAAGCAUCGUUAUACCAUGUGGUUCUUUUUCUUUGAAAAUGUGUUUCUUCCUUCUCUUUCUCCUUUUUAUGUUAUUUGAAAUUGAAAUAUGUGUGUAUUGUAUUUCUAAUGUGUAAAUUGUUGUAUUAUCGUACAACUCAAUAUGAUGACUGUUGUAUUAUUUUAAAUUAAAGGUCUAAUAUCAUAAAGUUAUAACGUGGUUCCGUUUUACA